UUCCUCCGCUGUGGCGGAAGUAAGUCGUACAGCCGAGGCCUCAUACUUCCAAUGGCGGCUGCAGACAGGCUGAAUAGAAAGCGGGAGCUGCCGUGGAGGGGGUCAAGAGCUGUGUAACUGAAAUUAAAUAAAUAUUUCACAUUUUUGUAUAGCCAUAAAAGACCGCACGAAAUUCGUCCCAACUCAUCCAAAUCACGGCCGGUCCCAUGGCCAAUAAUCGAAACAUUUCGCUCCUUGAGUCGGAGCUUUAUUUCUUGAUUUCUCGUUUCUUAACCACGGGUCCAUGUCGGAGAGCUGCCGAGGUCCUGAUCGACGAACUAGAGGAAUAUCAGCUCUUGCCGGGGAGAUUGGACUGGCUUGGAAACGAGCACCCAAGAACAUACGAAGAUGUGGUUGCAGCCAACAGACAUAUUGCACCUGACCAUUUGCUACAGAUCUGUAAGCAACUUGGACCGGUUCUUGACAAAGAGGUGCCAUCAUGUGUCCCGGGCGUACACUCUCUCCUGGGUUGUGGAAAACAGUCCAUGCUGCGGAGUGCAAAAGAUUGCGAUGGCGUGCGGUUUAAAGCUUCAUCAUAUGCAGCCCUUCACCGGGGCAGACCACCGGAGCGGCCUUCCAACUACAAGAAACCUCAACAUCUCGUGAAGGUGCACAGAGGGAGAGAGCUAACAGGAGUGCAGCGCUUCAGCUCCAUCAGCCCUGUCAGCAACUAUGAGCACAUGCGUCUGCACCGGCGGAUCCUGGGGCACCUGUCUGCAGUUUACUGUAUCGCAUUCGAUCGCACCGGUCUCAGGAUCUUUACGGGUUCUGACGACUGUUUGGUGAAGAUCUGGUCUUCCUUCGAUGGACGCCUUCAUUCAACGCUGCGAGGACACUCUGCAGAGAUCACAGACCUGGCUGUCAACUAUGAAAACACGCUAAUCGCUGCAGGAAGUUGCGACAAGACCAUUCGUGUGUGGUGCCUUCGUACCUGUGCUCCCGUGGCCGUGCUGCAGGGGCACAGUGGAUCCAUUACCUCCCUCCAGUUUUCACCUUUUGCCAAGGGCUCUAAGCGUUACAUGCUGUCCACUGGAACUGAUGCCACCGUCUGCUUCUGGCAGUGGGACGUCGACAACAUCAACUUUAGCGAUCGGCCUCACAAAUUCACAGAGCGACCGAGGCCAGGAGUCCAGACCGUCUGCUCCUCCUUCAGCCCAGGUGGGAUGUUCUUAGCAACAGGAAGUACUGAUGAUGUCAUUAGAAUAUAUUACCUUGGAAGUGGGAGUCCAGAGAAGACGUCAGAGCUCCAUGAGCACACGGACAAGGUUGAUAGCAUUCAAUUUUGCCACUCGAGUGAAAGGUUUGUGAGCGGAAGUCGAGAUGGAACGGCCCGAAUCUGGAAGCUUCAUCAGCGACAGCAGUGGAGGUGCAUUUUACUCAACAUGUCGGCUAACCUUCCAGGUGCUGAGGCUUCGAGUGAAGAAGAGAGUUACAUCAAACCCAAAGUCACAAUGGUGGCGUGGGAUCGCCAUGACAAUGCAGUCAUCACUGCUGUGAACAACCAUCUCCUCAAAGUGUGGAACUCCUACACAGGGCAGCUGCUUCAUAUCCUUAAAGGCCACGAGGCGGAGGUGUUUGUCCUCGAGCCGCACCCGUUCGAUCCCAGAAUCAUCCUGUCUGCCGGCCACGAUGGGAACGUCUUCAUUUGGGAUCUGCUGAAAGGAACAAGAACGAAGCACUACUUCAACAUGAUUGAAGGUCAGGGUCACGGAGCUGUGUUCGAUUGCAAAUUCACUCCGGAUGGCCAGCGCUUUGCCUGCACAGAUUCUCACGGCCAUCUGCUCAUCUUCGGCUUUGGCAGCUCCAAGCCAUACGAAAAGCUUCCAGACCAGGUGUUCUUCCACACAGACUACCGGCCGCUGAUCAGGGAUUCCAACGGCUUCGUGCUGGACGAACAGACACAGCAGGCGCCCCAUCUCAUGCCCCCACCGUUCCUGGUGGACGUGGACGGCAACCCACAUCCCCCGAGCUACCAGCGUCUCGUCCCGGGCCGUGAGAACGUCGCUGCUGAACACCUGGUCCCUCAGUUGGGAUAUGUGGCCACAAGUGACGGUGAAGUGGUGGAGCAGGUGAUCAGCCAGCAGACGGCAGAGCACGAACAGAUCACGGUGAGGCGCAGCAGUCUGCUGGACGAGGCCAUCCGACAGCUUCAACAGCAGCAGGACCGGCAGAACCCGCCCGGCUCAGAGGCGGCACCUGGUUCUGGAGCAGACGGGCAAGCGGAAGCGCACGGGCCGGCGCUGGCCCCAGCACCAAGCACGCCUCGCAGGGUGUCUGUAAAUGAGCGAGCAGAUGUGCAGUCGCCCCCCAACGUGGGCUUGCGUCGCAGCGGACAGGUGGAGGGGGUCAGGCAGAUGCACCAAAACGCUCCACGCAGCCAGAUGGCCACUGAGAGAGACCUGCAGGCGUGGAGGAGGAGGGUGGUGGUACCUGAGAUGGCAUCCAGCAGCUACAGGGACCAGGAGGCGACGCGUUUAUCCAGAGGAGAUGAGGAGGUCCUCCUGUACAACACAAAGAGGAGGCGUAUUGUUUACAGCAGCUGUCGGGAUGAUUCAGAUGAAGAAGCCCCGUCUGUCAAGAGAAGCCACGCCCACAGAAGUUCACUGGAAUUCAUUGAACUGUCAUGUGAAGAAGGGGAGGAGACUGCAAGUUCAGUCGCACAUUCUGAGGACAAUGAUCUGGAAGGCAGUGACCUGGAUUCCUCCAAUGAUGAAGAGGAGUGGAAUAGCGACAGCUCGAGUAAUACAUCCAGCGAGUACUCGGACUGGACGGCGGACGCCGGGAUCAACCUGCAGCCUUCAACGCCUUUGUCGUCACGGAAACGGGCGAGGUUCCGGCUCAGCAGCUCCGAAGAGGAGGAGGAAGACAACGAGAAUGAAGAGGAGGAAGAAAAGCCGCAGAGCGACGAGGAGGAAAAGCCUGUGAAGAAAAGCAAAGAGAAGUCCAAGAAGGCAAAGACCAAGUCACCCAGGCGUCCAAAGCCCAGACCUUCAAUCAACAGAGAAGUCUCAAAUGAGUUCAGGCCCUCGCCUUGGAUCACAGACGUCAUUCCCAGGAAGUCUCCGUUCGUUCCUCAAAUGGGCGACGAGGUGAUCUACUUUCGGCAGGGACAUGAGGCGUACAUCGAGGCAGUGAGUCGGAGCAACCUCUACCUCAUCAACCUGGAGAAGCAACCAUGGAAAAAAAUGGAACUGCGGGACCAAGAGUUUGUGAAAAUCACUGGAAUCAAAUACGAGGUCUGCCCCCCGACGCUCUGCUGCCUGAAGCUGACCCUCAUCGAUCACGGCACCGGCAGGAUUACGGACAAAUCGUUUUCCAUCAAGUACCACGAUAUGCCAGACGUGAUCGAUUUCCUGGUGCUGAGGCAAAGUUAUGACGAGGCUCUACGUCGAAACUGGCAACCAAAUGACAGGUUCCGCUCAGUGAUAGAUGAUGCCUGGUGGUUUGGGACCAUUGUCUGUCAGGAACCGUACCAGGCCGAGUACCCAGACAGCCUCUUCCAGUGCUUCCAAGUCAGGUGGGACAAUAAUGAAACGGAGAAGCUGAGUCCUUGGGAUGUGGAACCCCUUCAGGAUGAUGACUGUCUGCCUGACGCCGAGGGAGGAGGCAUUCCUGUGACGCCAGAGGAGAUGAAAGAGCUGAUGUACAAGCCUCUACCGGGCGAGUGGGGCGUCAGGAAUAGGGAUGAAGAGUGUGAGCGCAUCGUCGCCGGUAUCAGUCAGCUCAUCAGUCUCGAGAUUGCAGCUCCGUUCUCUGGUCCCGUGGACUUGGUCCAGUAUCCCACCUACUGCACUGUGAUCGCCUAUCCCACAGAUCUGGGCACCAUUAGACUGCGACUAAUGAACCGCUUCUACAGGCGCCUUUCCGCAUUAAUUUGGGAUGCCAGGUAUAUUGCACAUAACGCUCGCACUUUCAAUGAGCCGAGGAGCAAGAUCGCCCACUCUGCAAAAAUCAUCUCCAAUGUCCUCCAGAAAUUUGUCAAUAAUCCAAACUGCACAGAUAUCAUGGAGAUUUACAAUGCAGUGGAGGAAAUGGACGAGGAAGACGAGGAUGAGGACGCUGAAGCUCCGGGGACGUCUUCUGGACACCGACUGCGUCAGCGCUCCGUGGAGGUCCUGCCCGACAGGGACGCCUGGAAGGAGCAGUGCAAGAAUCUGCUGAACUAUAUAUUUGAAUGUGAAGACUCUGAACCUUUCAGACAACCUGUGGAUCCUCAGAACUAUCCGGACUACCACGAUAUCAUUGAUACUCCGAUGGACUUUGCCACAAUCAGAAGGAACCUGGAAGAAGAUGGCUACGAAAACCCCGUGGAGCUGUGCAAAGACACACGCUUGAUAUUCGCCAACGCUAAAGCUUACACACCCAACAAGCGCUCUAAGAUUUACAGCAUGACCUUGCGGCUCUCUGCCUUCUUCGAGGAGCAGAUCCGAACAAUCAUCUCAGAGUACAAAACUGCCAUCAAAAGCAGUGACCGGCUUCGCCGCAGUCAGAGGUUUCGCAAGAAAACACAGCAGGAUCAGCCCAACGCCACAGGCUCAAAGGGUGCUGCCGUUAAAACUCAGGAAAAAUCCGAGUCCGCAACCAAAUCUACCUCAACCAAAGUGUCUGUUCCUGAGAGGACCAGGCGGAGUCGAGGCAGCAGCUCGGGCCGCAGCUCCUCCGAGGACGAGUCCGGCUCCAAAGCCGCCUCAUCAACACCAGGGUCUGAGAGCGAGAGUGAACUAAGCGAGUCUGAGGAAGAGGAGCAUUCAGGUCUUUCAAGGCAUCUCCAAAAACAGAAAGUGAGAGUCACGAGAAGCAGCCAUCGCAAGCAGAAGAGAAAAGCUGCUGAAAGUGACGGUGAAGAGGAGGAGGAAGGAGAUGAAGAGUCUGAGAGUGGGGGAGAGGUGUCCUCAAAGUCUUCGGAUCGGCGAUAUCCCAGCCGGAGAAUGCGGCUGACCAGAACCGGUGCUGCGGGAGACAGAAAGAAGAAAGAGCUCAGACGGGAAGUGAACGGUCACGGCAGCAGGCCGUCUCGCCGGGAGAGGCGGCAUCGCCAGGACUCUGACGGAGCCACCUCCCCGGGCUCCGACAGGGACGAGGGGGUCACGGUCCGCAGAUCGCUCAAAAGGAAGACUGCCAGGGCUGCUGUGAACAAGAUGAAACUUCUGGAAGCUUCGGAGGAGGAGGAGGAGGAUGAAGAUGAGAAAAAACCGACAAGGAGCAGCAGCCGCCUUCAGCACACAGCCCGUGUCAGCAAACGCACAGCUGUGAUCCAGAGCUCCUCAGACUCUGAUGGAGACGCUGGAGCUUCUCAGGAAAGCAAGGAGUUGUGCUCUGAAUCCAAGGAUGAAGAUGGAAACCAGAGUUCCUCCUCAUCUCUGGCCAAACAGAACGGAGAAACGGAGAGGGUCAAGAGCAAAUCCAGGCGAGCCGCCAGGAAGAAAGGAAGUGAUCCUUUAUGUCGUGUGAACGGCUACAGUAAAAGCGGCAGCAAGUCUGACAGCAUCUCUGAACAAGAGGAGAGCACAGCGGUCAGUUCUCAGGAAGCUGAGGAUGAGGACAAGGAAGAAGAUGCAAACCCAACAAAGAAACCUCCCAGAGGCAGAGCAGCCUCACACGCAAGGAAACGUACAAGUGAGGAGGAAGAGGACGCCAAACUCCGACCCUCUGAAACCUCAGAUGAAGACGACAGGGACGUCCGCUCCCUGAAACACCAUAAUGGAAGAGGCGCGGACGAACCGCUCCAAAGGGAAGCGAGGAGAAAAAGCAAAGUUUCGCCAUUGAAAAGCCAAGACAAACAGAAACCUGCCUCAGCGACGAAGCUGGAGGGCGCGGGAUCGGGGGAACUGGGCCCGUCUCCGAAGAGAUCCAGCCAACGUAAGAAAAGACUCAUGAAAGAUGAACCAGAAAACGACCGCUCAAGCGACGGAUCGGACUUUGAAGCAAAAAGGCCAGUGAGGAGUGCGAGGAAAAGGCCGCACGGGAAGACCUCCUCCGCUUCGGAAAGCUCUGGACUGGAGUACAAACCCAACAGGAAGUCCAGGAGGAAAAGCUCCUCGGACGAAGAGUCCGAUCAUUCCAAUCACAUGUCAAACAGACGACGGAACCUUCGGGCGCUGCCCAAAAAGAAAUACGCCAGUGAGAAUUCCCACUCUGAGGAGGAGGAGGAGGAGGAGGAGCGGGCCCCCGGAGGACAGAGGACACUGAGAAACGGUAACAAAAGAACCCCCGAGUCCAGAGAGGAGCGCUGUAACAGCAGGACACUUCCCAGUGAAACGAGGAAUCAGGUAGUUUCCAAGAGGAAAAGGAUUUACACCUCAGACUCUGAGGAGGAGGAGGAGGAGGAGGAGCCAGUACACAAAAAUAAUGGCAACAGCAGAUCAGGCCCUUCCAAAAGGGAAUCCAAACGAGCAGCUGAUGUCCACGAAGACAGAAACACUUCCAAGUCCGACUCCAGCCAGGAGGAGGAGGACCAGGAGGAAGAUGUGGGCCGUGCAAGGACGAAGAGGAAAAGCGUGCGACAGCCGAAGCCCAACAGAAAGGAAGGCCGCCGGCGCAGCAGCAGCAGCUCUGACUUGGAAAGCGAGCGGUCGUCUUCAGCCUCCGAAAGCUCAUCAGUUCGCUCAGGGCCCCACAGCAGUCCAAAGACGAGCGGCACCCGGGCCGGGGACAGGACUUCCAGCCGCCAGCUGAGGCAGCGCCGCCAGCGGGCGCCUUCAGAGGAGGACAGCGACGAGUCGUACAGCAAACCGCAGAGAAAGAGGCGCGUGAACACCCGCAACCGCGGGAAACGGACGAUCAACUAUCACGACAGCGAAUAAACUGACGAAUCGGCCGAAACGUGAGGCUCGGCUGGAUUCUAUGCUAACGGGGAGACGGGCCACGCCAUGGUAGUAGCACUGGAGUCCUGGAGAAUUAAAUGCUGUGAAUCUGUCUCAUUCAGGGAUAUUUAUAUUUUCUAUGAAAAAAAACAAACAUGUUUAUAGAUGUUAUUUGAGCUUUUACCUGCUGGGUCAUCACAAGGACACAGAGCGAAACCCCGCCUCCCAUGAUGCUUGCUGGGAUUUGGCCGGCAGUGGAAACGUUCUUGGGAAUCUCGUCAGCUUUUUUGGGUGCUAUCUAAAAAAUAUAAAUAAAUUAAAAAAAAAAUACCUCUGUUUAAUCGAGCAUAUUGCCGGCUUGCACUAAGAAACACUGUAAUGAGGUAUUUCAUACACUAGUUUUGCAUUAGAAACUCAGGGGUCAACUAAGUUUACUGUAGUCUCAGACGCGCAGUCGUUUACGAUUCCAGAUGGGGAGAUGUGGAAGCACAUGGACUGACUGGGACGAGCAGACUUUUGACUACAGCACUCCUUUGUAAAUCCACACACCUAACGCUCGACUGUAUUGUGAGUAGACAUGAGCCAAAUGAGCAAAACAGAAUCACUUUUCCCCCACCAGUUUUGUUUUGUUCCGCAUUAGCCCUUGUUUUGUAGAGAAUAGAUGUACAUAUGUGAUUUGAGAAAACAGCAGAUCGGUUGUUCAGACGGCAUUUAUUUAAAUCUUAGGGUUUUUUUUCUCUAAACAUUUAACUGCAUUGUCUUGCCAUAAGUCACAAAUUGGUCCCUUUUUUUUUUUUUUGCUUUUGCCAAGAACAAAUAACCAAAAGUACUCGAUGCAAAAAUGCUGUGAUUUCUCAUAUUGGGAAGACAGAUUUAUUGUUUCCUGUGUUACCUUGUUUCAGUAUUAAAUUCUUUUUUUGGGAGUUGAACGAGACGCGUUGCAAGUCAUGUUUUUUUGUUUGUUUGUUUAUGGUUCUAAAUACAGCAGUUUGAUGAAUCAUGUUUUUCAUACGACACAUUUAAUAAACUGAUUUCACAGGAAAAACUCAUUGUGGUCGUGGAGUGCAAUGAACAAGUUAUUCUUCCUGUCAAUAAAGAAAUGAUUGAACUUGA